CAUAGGUUGGUGGUUAGUAUGAGUUCGUUUGAAAGGCGGUGAAGUUGUUGACUUCGCAACGAAAUAGCUCAUCAUUCUCCAUACACCUUGACAAACAUGCGAAGGGUAUCUAGUGAUGGUUCUUGCUCGGUGGCGUCAUCUCCGCGAAUAUUUGCGCACUCAUCGUCAAUGGAUACAGCAGCAUCUUUCACAUACUCUGAUGAAUCUUCGAGCACAUUUGCUCCGACUCUAUUGGAUGAUUCUGCAACAUCAGGCAUUUAUUCCGAUCGAUCUCGAGAAAUAUUCGCACACACUUCGGUAGACCUAUCAGCAGCGGCACUUAUCUCAGAUUACACUUUGGCUAGAGCUGAUCUGCUGGAGAGCGAGGCACGGUGUGAAAUAGCACGCCAACGCAUCACCGAUUAUGAGAUUAGAAAUUUCAUGCAGGUAUACCAAAGUCCGGAAUUUCUUGAUUUUCACUACGAACACUUGCAGCGCAUCGUAGAGAAUGAUGAUUUGAACGUGAACUCUGAGGCAGAUGUUUUCCGGGCAAUCAUGCGUUGGUAUAAAGAAGACACAAAAGCGCGUCAAGAACACUUACCAAAUUUGAUUGGCUGUUUGCGGCUCACACAAUUCGAUGUCGAAUUUUUAUACUCGAACAUCAACACACUGCCGGGCUGUGAGCUUCUGGUGAAUAGAGCAGUGGAAUGGCUGCUUCGCCCAUCAGCGCGCUCCAAUAUAAUGCUGCGUUUCACAAAACCUCGGAAGGUUCUGCAAGCAGAAGAAGAAACUUAUUGGUAUGCAGUCCAGACGCGAGGAGACCGCAGAUUCGCUGAGAAAUGUGUUUUGCGCUACAGCAAAGUGGAUGGUGAAUGGCAGAAGUGGGCUGAAAUAAAAUUGGAGCGCAGCAACUUCGGCGUAGUUCAAAUGGAUGAUAGCAUUAUCUGCAUUGGCGGCUUGGGACGUAACAACAGGCCGAGCAAUCUUGUUAGUCGAUACAAUCUGAAUACCCACACCUGGGAGCAAAUGCCGUCAAUGGAACAGCGUCGAGUUUACUUGAGUGUAACGCUUUUGGAUGGCAAAAUUUAUGCUUUUGGUGGGCAGGAUGAGAAAUACCAAGCACUCAACUCGGUGGAAAUGUUCGAUACUACAGCUGGUUAUUGGCAAACACUUUCCAGUAUGUCAAUACGGCGUGCGGGUACUGGUGCUGCUGUUUUGGAUGGCAAACUCUACGUAAUUGGCGGCUUCAAUAAAACGCACUUAAGUGUGGUCGAACGCUAUGACCCAGUGAAGAAUGUCUGGGCACAAUGCACGGAUAUGAACGAUGCGCGUGGGUGGCCUGGUGUAACUGUACAUAAUGGACAAAUCUAUGUAGUCGGCGGUUGGUUUAAUGGUGCACUGAGAUCGGUGGAACGCUAUAGUUUGGAGAACAACAAAUGGUUUAAAAUUUCCGGUUUGAAUGUUGCGCGUGGCAGUAUUUGUGCGGUGUCUAUGAAUCAGGAGUUGUGGGCGUUCGGCGGCUAUAGCGAAGGGGUACUUAAGGACAAUGUGGAAGUGUACGAUGCGGAAAAUGAUAAAUGGAUUGAAAAAAAGAUGCUGCCGGAAGCUGGCAGAUAUGUGCAUUAAGUGAUGGAUAUCACAUAUACAUACACAAAUUUAGGGUUUCUAAUAUUAGCUGAAUAACUUACAAAAGGAUUCGUCUUAGGAAGGUUAAGCUUAGGAAUUAAACUUAGGCAACUUUAACAGAGGGCGAUGUUUUAUUAUUUGUUUUAAAUAUUAUUGACCCCUGAAGAGAGAGUCUGUUUAACAGUAAGCGCUAUUUUGGGCGAAUUAAGCAAGUUGGGUGUUCUUAACCAUAUAAACAAAGUCGAGAGCUCGGAAAAAAAAUUAAAUUCAAAAGACCGCCUGCAAAAAUAAAAUUUUGAAAAAUGAACACAACUUUUGAGCUACUUUGGACUUGCACUCUUGCAAUAUAAUUCAAAAGGCUGUAAACACUCGGAUAUUUUCUAAAAAUUCUGAUUAAAAAAUGUAAAAUUUUUGAUGGGAAUUAGUGCAUUUCUUUUUAAAUUUGUGUAAAGUUCGAAACUUAAAUUUAUAUAGUUUUUUGAAAAAUCUACCAGAUAUUCAUAAAAAAAUUGUAAAAUAGAAUGGAAAACGAAACUGUCCAAACUUGUCAAUAGUUAUUUAAUGCUGUGCAGGUAUAGUGCAGCAUUUAAAAAACUGGGGAUCAUUCAAUCUGAAAGGAGAGAAAUGCUACAGCAUUGAAAAUAGUGGAAGUGGCUUCCACUGGUUGGGGUAGAAAUAAGAACUUCACUUCACUUGAUAUUUCUUAUUAGCUUUGGCUUAAACGGGAAAGAAACGACUAGCGUGCUAUGAGGAGCUCAACCAAAGUCGGUAGACGAUUACUGCGACCAUAAAAAAAAACAUAAUUUUAAUGUUUAUAUAUAAUAUAUUACAAAAUUUUUAUAUUUAAGAAUUUUCGUAAUAAGCAUUUUUCUUUUUAAGAAGUUUCUAAUAAGGAUCGCCUCUCGGCAGGCUAUGGCAAAAACUCCGAGUGCAUUUCUGCCAUGAAAAAAACUCCUCAUAAAAAGUCAUCCGCUGUAAGUCAAUUCUAUUUGUGAAACAGCUUCGAACAACUAAAGCCAAGAAUGAAACCUGUUCGAUACUAGAACUAAGACCAAUGGAAGCCCAAAAUUAAUGCAAAUGAGAUCAAAGCCAAAACCUAUCCACGACUACUGGCAGGUCUAAGACCCAGACUUGAAUUGAGACAAACACGAAAAUGGAAAACAAGACGAAGGUCAGUACUGCGAUUAAAACUAAAAUCGAUACCGAGGUUAAGAUGAAAAAAAUACCAAUACGAAGACCAAAACCAAUUAUUAGUGAGACAAAAGCUUAAAUAAAUACCAAUAAGCAAAAACGAUACAGACAUACUUCGCUAUAGAGACCAGCUAUUGGGUGAAGACGAAUGGCAAUAAUAAGAGAAAAUUUCGCACCAGACACAGAAAGUUUUAGAUUUUUAUUUAGUUAAACAGUUCCAAAAAGCUCCUCAUAACACAACUGCGGGUUUUGUCGAACAACAUCAAGACGCACACCACAAAUUCAAGAAGCAGCUCGGGCAAACAGCCAAGAAAGGAUGUAGGUGCUCGAAACAGGCAUUAGAUCUAUGCUCUAGUGAACUUUUUUCUUAAAAUUUCAUGCAGAAUCUGAAUUUGCGAUAUUGGGUGGCUCUAAUGAAGUAUGGUAUUGCAUAAAGCUGGAUGAAACCUUUGGAGAAUAGGCAGGUGGUAUGAAAAAAUGUCAAAGAACUAAAAUCAUUAUAAACACAUCUGCCAUUCAAAGGCGGUUGUAAAACAAUAUCAAGGCGCUUAUCACAAAAUUAGAGGAGUAAAAAGAAAUUACGUAGUUUUUUUAUUUUAAUAAAUAAAAAUUAGCUACGCAAAAUUGUAAUGGUUAAACUACUGAUAUGUAAAAAAGAUGUUUAAAAGCAAUAGCAUUGGACAGGCAAAUAAAAAUGUAUGUGGUUUUUUUAUUUCAGUUAAAAAAAUCAUCUGGCAAUUCUAUUCGAGAUUGUUAUACUUUAAUGAGUACUAUGACUCUGUGUAACCAUAAAUUAGUUAAUAAAUAAAAUACAUACUACCUUUUUUUAACUAAAAUGUAAUUUUAGUAUUUUUAUUUUAGUUGAAAAAAUAGUCUGGCAACCUUAUUCAUGGUUGUUAUGUGCAUACCGCAAAUUACAAAACCACAU